AACAUAAGCCCCGUUAAACACCGGAAAUUCUUCGGCGUGUUUCCAGAUAACUCAAACGCAUGUGGUUUCUCUCAUAUAAUUAAGAAUAGACUUACUAAGCUCUUUUUUGCUAUACUGUUUGCUCCUACAGUCUGCUUUGUCUCACAGGACAGCAUUACGUCUUCGUUUUCGAGCUGGCUGAACUGUAUAGAUCAUGUCACAGGCCACCAAACGCAAACAUGUUGUCAAAGAGGUUCUGGAAGACUUCGUCACCCCAACAGAAAACCAGCAGAUUGUAAAGGUUAUUGGUACUCGUGGUAACAACCUCCAUGAAACAAUCACAGCUCAGGGCGAGACCUUCCUGGUGAGCAUGCCCACCAAGUUCCGUAAGAACAUCUGGAUCAAGAGAGGUGAUUAUGUGAUUGUGGAUCCCAUUGAGGAGGGGGAGAAGGUGAAGGCAGAAAUCAGCUUUAUUCUCUACAAAGAUCAUAUUCAGCACCUGCAGAAACAGCAGCUUUGGCCAGAGGGAUUCACAGAGAAGUCAUCACAAGACAAAACAAGCCACAAGCGGCAAGAGGAGCCCGAGGAGAAAGAGGAGGAUGAGGGUAGUGACUCUGAAGAUGAGAGUGACCUCUUUGUAAACACAAACCGCUGUAACUACCAAUACAGCGAGAGUGAGGAAGAUGACAGCGAGGAGGAGGAGGAGGAGGAGCAGCAGCAGGGAGGACGAAGGACAGAAGGUGGAUCUUAGCUGCAGCUGUGAGAGGACAGCAAGCCAUUAGCUCUGAGUCACAGCCCCCUCUACUGGCCACUGUGAGACAAUGCUGGAGGACUUGAACUUUCAAUAAUAACGUUUCCUGAUUUACUUUAAAAAUAGUCUAAGCUAUCAAAUAUGAAGAUGUGAUAUACUCCUGUUGGCUUUCAGAUUCCUGCUCAGGCUGUCUGGGACUCGCCCUGCUUACUGCUGCGUACUCACCACUAGCAGUAAAAGCAUCUGAGUCAAAGGGUGGUGAUGGUAGAAGUCUCACUGGUUCACUAAAGGCUUUGGUGUAACAUGCAGGAACAUCGCUGCUCUUCUCUAAGCUGCUGUAGAUCUUCACAGCCCACUUUCAAAUUAAAGCUGCCAUUAGCCUCCAUUUCA